AUGUCUCAUUCUACUCGUGAAGUAAUUUCAAUACAUAUUGGCCAAGCUGGCGUUCAAAUUGGCAAUGCCUGUUGGGAAUUGUAUUGCUUAGAACAUGGCAUUCAGGUUGGGAAGGUUUUUUUCGCGCGACAAUCCGUCGUUUAUUUAUGA